AUGACCUUCCGCCGGCCCUGGCGGUGGAAGGUCGCCGCGCUCGCCCUCUGCUGCCUCGCGUGCCACCUGCGCGCCGACGACUGCCCCUCGCUGUGCGACUGCAAGUGGAAGGGCAACAAGGAGUCCGUGAUCUGCGCCAACGCGAGCCUGGCGUCGGUGCCGCGCCGGCUGGCGGCGGGCACCCAGGUGCUCAACCUCACCGACAACCCGCUGGCGUCGCUGGGCCGGGACGCCUUCCUCGGCGCCGGCCUGCUCAACCUGCAGCGGAUACACCUGGUGCGCUGCCGCCUCAAGGUCAUCGACCGGCACGCCUUCCGCAAGCUGACCAACCUGGUGGAGCUGGACCUCAGCCACAACCUGCUGGCGGCGGUUCCCUCGCACGUGUUCGACGCCGUGUCGGGGCUGCGCGAGCUGCGGCUCAGCGGCAACCCCAUCCAGAGGGUGGCCGACGAGGCCUUCUCCGGAGUGCCGCAGCUGGUGCGGCUCGAGCUGUCCCGCUGCCGCCUCAGCUCGCUGGAGCCGCGCGCCUUCGCCGGGCUGGAGCGCUCGCUCGAGUGGCUCAAGCUGGACGGCAACCGGCUGUCGCAGGUGCGGCCCUCCACCGUGGUGGCGCUGGGCAGCCUGCACGGCCUGGAGCUCGCAGACAACCCGUGGAACUGCACCUGCGCGCUGCGCCCUUUGCGCGAGUGGAUGCUCAGGAAGAACGUGCCCUCCGGAGCGCCGCCCACUUGCAGGUUGCCACGCCGGCUGGCGGGCCGCUCCUGGGAGCGGCUCGAUCUGGACGACUUCGCCUGCGCUCCGCACAUCUCCGCGCCAGCGGGCGCCGUCUCCGCUGUGGAGAGCCACAACGUGACCCUCGCCUGCGCCGUGGGCGGCGUGCCGCGGCCGCGCGUGCGCUGGCUGUGGCGAAACAGGGUCGUCGCCAACCUGUCCGGCUCCCCGGGCAGGAAGACGUACCUGGUGAGUGCCACGGACGAGGGCAGCAGCCUGACGGUGGUGUCGGCCGAGCUUCACGAUGCCGGGACCUACGUGUGCCUGGCGGAGAACCGGGCGGGGCGCGCCGAGGCGAGCGUGGCGCUGUCAGUGUCCCGCCGGCCGGGCGACCCGGGGCUGUCGGGGCGGGUGCUGGCGGCGGGCAUCGUCGUGACGGCGCUGUUCCUGCUCGCGAGCUGCCUGGUGGCGCUGUGCGCGUGCGGCGUGCGGCGGCGGGUCGGGGUCCCCCUGGGGGGCGGCUCCCCGCGUCGCGACGACAGCUACGAGAAGAUCGAGAUGAACCACAAGGGCGCGCCGCUCGCCAACCACGCGUCGUCCUCGCCGCCCGGGGUCGCGCGCCGCCGCGCGAGGGCCGAGUACCGCGGCGUGCCCUGCGCCGACACGGAGGAGGAGGAGGGCGGGUACGAGGACGAGGAGGAGACGCCCACGCCGUCGACGCUGGCGGCGGGCGCCAGGGACGGCCAGGCGGAGGACGUCUUCAGCGGCGAAGCGCCAGACCACGUCGACCUGCACAUCCCGAGGUCCGUCAGCUACCUGGACAGACGGGAAGAACUGCUGUCGCCGCAAGACGCGGUGUCCUCUCUCCACGCGCUCAGCCCGUCGGCCCGGUCACCGCAGCCGGCCCUCAUGGUCGCGCCCCUGUCUGUCCCCCAGCACGUGAUGAGGAAGCAGACCCUCUUCGCCGGCGGCAGCCUGUACACCUCGGCGCCUCUGGAAGCUUCUCCGCUCGCCGAGCGGGGUGACGUCAACUACCCGGACCUUCUGGAAGUUUCUCCCCCGAGCGCGGUCGGGGGUGGGGGGGCCGCGGCUGACUCAUCCUUCUGCACGCUGCCCAGGAAGAGGGGAGGGGUCGCGCUGGAGCGGGGGAGGGUCAACGCCCGCUACCACCGCUACGGGGCGGGCUCGGACAGCCAGUCGCCGCUGCUGCCAGACAGCCGCUACGGCAGCAGCGGCGGGGAGGGGAGCGGCAGUAGCGGCGCCUCGUUCAGGAGGUCCUCCGUGGACUCCUACUCCUCGUACUGCCCGCCCUCGAGGGACAGGCAGUCGCCCGUGGGGCACCACCAGCGGUCCAGCAGCUUCCUGAACCUCGCGUCGCUGGGCGACAGCGGCGUAGUGGCGCCGCGCAAGGUGCCCAGCCUCCCGGCGUCUCCCGUGCUGGACCGCGCCACGCCGCUCCUCAACAUCGUGGGCACGCCGUCGGCGUCCGCCGCCGCCGCCAACACCUACGACUACCACGCCGCGCAGCUGGAGCGCUUCCUGGAGGAGUACCGCAGCCUGCAGGAGCAGCUGUGCCGCAUGAAGGAGACGUGCGACAGCGUGCGGCACCGCGAGGCGCCGCGCUACGGCGCGUCCACGCCCGCCUCGGACGACGGCGGCGGCCUCAACCUCAACCCCAGGUCCAUCCUCAGGAACAAGGCGUCGUCCGUGGCCGUCACGGCGACCUCGGCGUCGUCCCCCAUGGGCGGCGCGCUGCCCGACGUGUCCUCGCCGCUGUCGGGCGGGGCCGUGGACUACGGCUCCGACCUGCCUUCCUACUGGCUGCCCAGGAACCCCCUGAUAAGACGCUACAGCGGUGGCGACUUCUUCCAGAGCUGA